GUCUCCGCCCAAUUUCCAAACUAUUUCCAUAUCCAGACAUAAGAUAUUUUCACCAUUUUUGCAUCAGGUUUCCCGUGGAAAAAUAAAUCUAUGCAGGCUGUGCAUGUUGGUUUGGCGUUUUCUACUAUAAAUGGUAGAUUUUCUCACAAGGGGGUGAAUGCCGCCGUGCCGAUUCGGAUAUUCCUUCGGCAUGGCGAAAAGCGUCCGUUUUUCUGGCCGAUCCGGCGUCCCUUCGCCUGCCUCCGACUCCCCGCUUCGCGUCGUCGGCAGCUGUCACUCUCGCAGCUAUUGUGGCCUGGCGACAGCUCGACGUCGGAGAACGUCGCAGAGACCACGCCGCCUCCGCGUUAUGCGCAGCAGGCUAUACAUAUGUGUGCUCGCUUGCGCAGCCAGCGCUGGCUUCCUGAACGCCGUAAAUCGACCGUACUUCUCGAGGCGCAGCGCAGAGAUCCGAUGGCCAAUUUGCGCCGUCACCAUCAACAGGCCAUAGCUACGCUGCAUGUGCACGCAGCAGCAGAUAACAAUGCAUGCCAACUGCACCGAUCUUAGACCUGCCACCGGAUCGUCUUGAUGCCCGCGCUGUUGUUCUUGCUGUGAGGGGUGCAGCCACCUAAGCGGGGCAGGGGUUCAGACAAGGAUAUCCGGAGCCCGCGGAGAUUGAAGAAAUUGUCUCGUCUGUCUACAGGAGACUAUGGCGCGCCGGAAUGGUGCUUAGCGGCUUCGCAGAUCUUGAAUUGAAGCUCGCCAUUUUGGGGCUCUACCAUGUCUCCCUUGUA